AUGGCAGCUGUGUUUGGUGCUGAAAAUUUCGUAGAAGAGGACGGGGAAGACGUGGCAGCCAUGGACAAAAUUGUUGAAAUCAAUACUAAGCAAGGUUUGUACAAGCUUUUUGAAGGCGAUGUGAGACUAAGAGACGGUGAUCUUAAAAACAGAAACGGCGACACGAACAAGAAGAGAAACGCUUUGAGAGACAGAUCUAAGCUUUGGCCAACUCGUGUCAUACCGCCCCAAAGCAUAUCGCUCGGUUCAGGCUGUUACAGUCGAGGAGUAAUCAUCCACGAAAUACUUCAUGCUCUUGGGUUUUACCACGAGCAGUCCAGACCAGAUAGAGAUCAGUAUGUGGAAAUAUUCUGGGAAAAUAUUAUCGAAAAGGAAUCUCAUAAUUUCAACAAAUACAGCCACGAGUAUUUGGAUGUUCUCGGCGUUCAAUAUGACUACGAGUCUGUGAUGCAUUACGGAACGAAAGCAUUUACAAAGAAUGGGAGAGCCACCAUUAAGGCGAUCUCUGGUGCGAGCAUUGGACAGCGAGAUGGCUUCAGUAAAAUUGACUUAAUCAAACUUAAUUCAUUGUAUAAUUGCCACAUUAAUGGCGUUGGGUUUAGCGAGUGGUCCAGUUUUUCGCCUUGCAGCAAAGAUUGUGUUAAGAAAAGGCAAAGAUAUUGUUUCUCUUCAAACCACGCUGACUGUCCUGGAGCAUCGUCGCAUGGCGUGGAAUCUCAAUGGCAGAAUUGCACGAACGAGGAAUGUUACGCUCCUGUUGCUGGUCAUUGGGGUCGCUGGUCCUCUUGGACAGAAUGCGAUGAAAAUUGCAAGCGUCAUCGAUCUAGAAAAUGUUCAGAUCCUGCCCCGAUGCAUGGUGGGAAAGACUGCCCAGGGGUUUCGAAAGAAGAAAAAGAUUGCUACGCCAACAGUACAUGCAACCCAGAUAACUGUGAUUUUACGCGCGGUAGUUACUGUCAUUGGACCCGUUAUAAAAACAUGGAUUAUUUCUGGCAAGCACAUAAAGGAUCAACACCAACCAGGAGCACUGGUCCAAAUCAAGACCAUACUACUGGCACGGGCCAUUACAUUUUUACCGAAGCCAGCUUCCCUGCCAAGGAGAACGACACAGCACUCCUAACAAGCAAACUGUUUCCACCCUCGCAAUGUCGUUGCAUUUCCUGGUACUAUCACAUGUAUGGCCGCUCAAUGGGAGAACUCAGCGUGUACAUUAAAGACUCUGUGGGUUCUAAGAGGAUAAUAUGGGAUAAGAAAGGUGAUCAGGCAAACAGAUGGAUAUUAGGUAGCGCAACAAUAUCUAACGUGUCUACGACUAGUUACCAGGUGGAAUUUGAGGCAAUUCGUGGCCGAUCUUUUUAUUCUGACAUGGCUUUGGAUGACAUCCAUUUCAAGGAAAUGCCCUGUGGUGUACAACACUUGGGGUGUUUUAACGAUCGUUAUAAAAGAGCUUUGCCAGACUUGAUUGCGAAUCUCCGGGAUAAAAUAGACUGGUAUGACAUGCAAAAGACCGUCAGAGAAUGCGCCUGUGUUGCUUAUGACAAAGGAUACAAGUAUUUUGCUGUGCAGUUUUACGGAGAGUGUUGGGGCGCAAGAAGUAUGAUUGAAUAUGACAAAUAUGGUGCUUCCAACGACUGCUGGUCUGGUGUCGGAAAAGAUUUCACGAAUUAUAUUUAUAAAUUCACGCAAUAAGAUACGUUUUAUUUUCAUUCUAUCUAUAUCUUAACAUUUCCAAUAUUUUAGGAUUAAGCCACUAGUAUGUAUGAAGUUGCAUGACAAAAGUCACAAAGAUUGGAAAGAAAAAGGUUUGCGUCCGUGCAAAUCUAUUCUUAUAGAGAGUUUACCGUGUAGUAUUGUAUAUAUAUUUAUUUUAAUUUUGAAUAGA